AUGGCCGAGCUUCAGAAUCGCAACGUAGAGGAUAAGUCCAUGUCUCCACAGCAUCUGGAGACUGUGCUUGAAAAUGGAAAGAAUGAUGACGGGCCAGUAUACGGUAUCGAUGAAGCGCAUCAGAAGAAAAACAUUGUUCUCCCAAAAGCUGGCGCGGCAAACUGGCUUGCUUUCCUCGGCGUAAGCUUUGGGGCCAUCUUGAUCGGAAUGGGUUUCACGUAUAGUUGGGAAACCAUGGCUGUCUGUCGAGCACUUCUUGGUUGUACUUAUCUGAUCACCUGCUGGUACAAGCGAUUUGAGGUCGGCAAGAGGCUUGCGGCUUUCUGGCUGAUAUCUGUGGUUUUGAAUGCCUUUGCAGCUAUCUUUGCCUAUGCCUUGACUCUUUUGGAUGGGACUCAUGGGCUCGGUGGCUGGAGGUGGAUCUUCAUUGUCGAAGGCGCCAUCACGGUCGGCGUUUGUGCUAUUGGAUGGUUCAUCAUUAUCGAUUUUCCGACCAAAGCAGACGGCUUUCUAUCGCCAGAGGAGAAACAGUUCGUCAUCGAUCGGAUCAAUCAUGACCGUGGUGACGCAGAAGAAGAUCGACUGACUGCGGCAAAAAUCGUGCAUCACCUCAAGGACUGGAAGCUAUACUUCUGGGCGUUUAAUCUCAUGGCAUCAACGCUUCCAGGAUAUGCGUACAGUUAUUUCAAAACCAUCAUUCUGACUGGGAUGGGGUUCACCGGGAAUGAGAGCCAGCUUCUCAGCGCCCCGCCUUAUAUCCUCGCGGCCGCGGCCACAUAUUUCUCGGGCUGGCUAACAGAUCGCUAUCAUGUUCGAGGACCGGUUAUUGCGGUCCACCAGCUGCUGACAGCAGUCGGGAUGCUCGUCACGGCGUAUGGCCAAACCAACGGCGCGCGUUAUUUUGGUGUCUUCAUGGGCGUCGGGUUCCUGCAAUUUUGCAUUCCAGGAGUUCUCGCUUUCCAGGCAAACAACAUCACCUCGCACUCGAAGCGGGCGGUUGCGUCUGCCACUUGCUUGAUUGGUGGAGGACUGGGUGGGAUCAUCGCAAGUGUCUCUUUCAAAUCGAGUGAGAGCCCAUACUACACAACAGGAAUCUGGGUCACGUUUGGGAUCACCAUGAUCAGCAUCUGCAUGAAUGUGAUGAUGGAUUUCUACUUCUGGAAGGUAAACAAGAAGGCGAGAGCAACUGGAGGCCGUAUCGAAGGCAUGGAGAACUGGUACUAUACUCUUUAG